AUAAAAAGUAACUUGUUGAGCCAGUGCCAUACGGUUGAUGAGUUGUGUUUGUUUACUGGUUGCAGGUCGUAUCUGAAACAUCUAGAAGUGGCCGCAUGCUUGUCUGGUGUGAUGUGAUAUACCUAUGGUGCCUGGAUACUAGAUCAUAGACCAGGUAGCUUGCCCCGGAAGUAUGUGGCUAAGGAACAUAUUGAACUGCUGUGUGGUUCGCCUCGAACAUUUGAGGUAGUUCGUGUGUGGUGGUGGACGACUCGAACGGUGGAAAUGGGUGCCAGAUUGUGGUCCUGGCUGAUGGCGUUGCUGGUGGGCCUACAGUUUGCGCCGCUGUCCGAGGGCCUGUGGCGUCGUGGUGAGCCACCACACAACCGGCAGAAUAGACUGCGGACCCUAUUGCGUAUGCCUGGUGUAGAGCCAACCCAGCCAGAUGAUUACUAUUGUACAGCAUAUAAUUUAAGUUAUGAAGAAGCCUACAUAGUAAACUUUAAGCCGAAGCCAAAUCAUAGCACAGCAAGUCACAUGCUGCUUAUCGGCUGUGGAAACGUCUUCAGGAAGGAUCACCUUCACCCUGGAUCCUGGAACUGCGAUCGCAAUGCUGUUUGUGACAACCUGACGGUUCUCUACGGCUGGGCCCGCAAUGCAGCUAGCACACAGCUGCCAGAAGGUGUGGGAUUCCAAGUUGGCCAACAAACAUCUGUGAGAUAUUUAGUCCUUCAAGUGCAUUAUGACAGCCCAAUGCCAGAUGGGGAGUCUGAUACGACAGGGCUGGAGCUGCUAAUUGACCUGCAGCCGCAGAGAUACUUGGCUGGAAUUCAUGUAUUCUAUGCUAAGGACAGGACCAUCCCACCUGGUCACACAAACUUUCCUGUGGAUGUCAACUGUGUGGCAAGCCGAGAGGAACCCAUCUUUGUAUUCGCCUACCGGGUGCACACACACUCUUUGGGACAUGCUGUUACAGCCUACUUGCUGCACAAUGGCCGGUGGAGCUUGCUGGUCAAGGGAGAUCCACACCAACCGCAGGCAUUUUAUCCUUUGAACAAGACUGUGCCUGUCAAACCUGGGGAUGUUUUGGCAUCCCGUUGCACUUACAAUACCGUGUCCCGGGCGCUUCCCACAGAAAUCGGGCCAGGUGCUAGACAAGAGAUGUGCAACCUGUACCUGAUGUAUUACGCAUUGCGGUCCAGCGGUCGUACAUCGGGUCAGUGUGAAAACCUAGAGCGGCCAGCCCUAGUGAGCCAGAUCCCACUAGAAAGCGGUGACCAUGACGAAAGUGUGGUGGAAGGAUUUCCAGCUACUGGCAGCCAUUAUUCGUUCUCAGCCAGUGAAGGUUGGCCUGAUUCAGAGGUGCACCUUGGCCAAGUUGUUGCCGUGUCAAUGGAUCUCGAUGGGAACUUGGUUGUUUUCCACCGUGGAUCACGUGUAUGGACAGCACAGUCCUUUGAUUUCAAUGAUGUCUACCAGCGUGUGGAAGAAGGCCCCAUACCUGAGUCCACGGUUCUCACUCUUGAGCCCGGAAACGGCCACCUACUUCAUCGAUGGGGCCACCACCAGUUCUUUAUGCCACAUGGUCUCACUGUGGACAGGGAAGGUUUUAUCUGGCUCACAGAUGUUGCGUUACACCAGAUUCACAAGUACCCUCCUGGUGGAGCCAAGAUUCCCUUGCUGUCUCUUGGAGAACGCUUCCAGCCCGGAGGGGGCAAGGGCCACUUCUGCAAGCCGACCAGUGUGGCCAUUGCAAGUGGAGGAGACUUCUAUGUGGCUGACGGGUAUUGCAACUCUCGAGUGGUGCACUUUGACAAGGGAGGCAAGUUCCUUCGUCAGAUAGGUGAAGAUGGAGCGUUCUCUUCCUCUUUUGUGACUGCCCCUCCCGGGAGCUUUGCCAUCCCCCACAAGAUUGUUGUGGCCGACUCAGAAGGGCUGUUUUGCGUGGCCGAUAGAGAGAACGGACGGGUGCAGUGCUUUGACAUUAUGGAUGGCUCCUUCAAGUUCGAGAUUGCCAUAGAAGCGUUUCGGGGCAAGGUCUACUCCAUUGCAUACAGCGGAGGCCUGCUGCUAGCGGUGUCGGGUCCUCGUGUCUUGUCCGAUCCCUCCAGGGCCUUUCUCUUCAACCUGACAUCAAGGCAGCUGUUGGCUUCAAUGGCCCCUCCUAGUGGGUCUUUUAUGGCCCCACACGACAUUGCAUGUUCUAAGGACAUAGAGCAGGUGUACGUGGGUGAAAUCGGUCCCAACCGCCUGUGGCGAUUUGUCCGAGAGAUGCACCGCAGUAGCAAGAAAGUGCUGGUCGACGUACCUCCACCAGCGGUACCUAGCACGACGCCCCCUUCGACAUCGCGAGGAGAAUCGAGCUCCAGCAAGUUGCCUACCUCGGCUGGUGAAGAGGACAACUUUGGCUUCUCCAUGGUGGUGGUUGCACUGCUGGCCAUCCCCAUCCUUUCUUUUCUCAUCAUCACCCUUAUUGUGCGACUCAAGCGCAGGAAAGACAAAGGGUCCAGCAGCAAAGGCUGGUCCCAGGGAAAGCUGGACCUGGGUCAGCUUCUGCAGCCGCACCGGGGUUUCGACCGACUAGCUCUUGACGACACAGCGUCCGAGGGCAGCGAUUCUGACGUUGAGGAGUACAAUGCACCCGCACGCAAGGCCUGAGAAGUCACGUUUCCUUUUUUCUCCAACCCCUCCAGGAUCACACCCCAGUGAACCUCUUACCUUCGGUGUUUUUCCAGCACACACCCGAAAAUUGCUGUAUGCAUCACUCAAGGAUUCCUGUUGUAUAGUGAUCUAGAGCUCUCCAGUUGGGUGAAAUGAACACUAGUAGGAAGUGGAGAAACAAUUUCACAAAGUUCGUUUGGAAGUUUACCUGAAUUCUUUGCAUCAUUGGAGCUUGAACAAAAGCAAUGUGUGAAACAUUCAGACUUGUUCUUUAAAGCAACACUGUCUAUUCACCAGAGCCCAAGCAGCAUCGGCAUAUGGGUUUCCUUCGUUUGACCCACAAGGAGACCUCUAGAUAUCUGUGAUCACAAUCUUUCAUGCCACGCAGCUAAACUGAGCCAAUUUCGGCUCGAUUUCUUGGCAACCUGUAGGACAGCCUAACCUCUGUCAGCCUUUUUUUAUUUUUAUUGUUGUUGUUAUAUCAUGUCAAAAACGAUGUUACCUCCUGAUGCUUGAGAAACGAACUGUGUGUUCGCUCCUGUUCAUUUUCAACUCUGGUCACAUUUCUAGUGGAUGAACAACGUAAAAAAUAUCCCACUUUUUUCGUAUCCCUUCACAUGUGGCGGUAUGUCACACAAAUGUAUUUGCAUUGCCCCUCGUUAUAUGCUGACAAAAAAUGCUCUGUAGGAGGACCGGAAAUGUGUGUCAUUCUGGCUGCGGUCACCAUCAAAGACAGAAAAACUCAUGUGUGGCAACUGUUGCAACAAAUAAUGCAUGUUGCAUUCAAGCAGGGUCCACUGAUGGUGUUGCACAUUCAGAUAGUUCAGCCCUUGAAGUUGAUACUUUCGUGGGAGUAUCUGGACAACAGUAGUAAUGUCUUGAGAUAUUUUGCAGAGAAACUAUCAAACUUCCCAUGAAAUGGUCACAAAAAUAUAGAACCAUAGACUGCUUUUUGUGUGGGUUUCAGCAGCUUUGUACGGUUCAUUUUAUGACUGAGGGUUGCAACUUUUUAUGAUAGAUGAUAUGAUGCGCUAUGAUAGUGGGGAAAUUAAUUAUUUUUUCUUUUCAUAGAAUUCACUGGGAUUGAAAUUGAGUUUUCCACAAGCUGGUUUGUGUAGUGUAGCAGUUAAGUAAUUUAUAAGUAUUCAUUUUACAAACAACAUGUGUGUACGUAACGUGUGUAAGCGAUGGCUGCCUGUAAGCUUUUUACAAAACUUGCCACUAGAGGGAACUGUGUCCAUCAAAGCCGCAAGCAUGGUGGUUCAGCCGUCAUUGUAACUACAGCCGUUACACAAAAUUGAUAAAAAUUAAUUCCUUUGCAAUUGGAUAGCUUUGCAAUUUCACAAAAUUAUCAUUUCUAACAAAAUGUGCUACUGUAAUUAUACAAGUUCACCAUGUCUUACUCACUUCCACAGUGUGAACAAAAAAAUGUAAUUGCUUUAAAAUUUAGACCAAUAAAGGCAGGUAGAGCUUAGUGAAAAUAAGUCACAACACCUUAAGCAAGUAGCACAAAGUUCAUAUUAUAUGCAGGAACUGCCAUUUUCAUGGCACAUACCUUUAUUAUAAUUUUAAAGGAGCACCGACACCAAAUAUAAAAAUCAAGAUGUGUCCUUUAUUCAAUUGCUCGGUGCACGUAGGUCCCCUUGGCCACAUUUGAAUUGCCUCCACCGCGUGAAAGUUAUUUUCUUUUGACGGCUAACAGCCUACGAGAGCUUAAUGGAAAAUAGACUGCCUCUGCGCCAUCGACACUAGUGCUACGUGUUCGGAGUGAUACAUUCCACUCAUACCAUCCUGAGUGACUCUGGGCUAGUUGCGGUGACCUCUACGAUCUGAGUGUUUUUACCCUGGCGCCUGAAAAUGCGCUCACUCGUCAUGUCUGCUCUUCGUCGCACGGCAUUGGAUGAUUUCAUGAAAUCGAUAAGAUACGAACCGCCCAUAAUAUAUCGGCAAAAGAAAAGAGCCUGAUUCAACAUAUGCUUGUCAGUCAGGGCAUGGGGGAGCUGUUAUGAGUUGUAUUUGUGUAGUUUGAAGGGUGGAAAAAGCACAAUGAGGAUGUAAUUUCAUUACACGAAUGUUGCACGCCAAUAUGACCACUAGCUAUAGAAGUGGAGUAGUGUAUAGCAGAUAUCAUCGCUAACAAAUAACUUGUGGGUGUCGGUAAUAGGGAAUUAUAGUUCAUUCGUAGACUUUUUUGCAUCCACGUAAUACUGGGCUACUGCCACCGCCACCGUGAGAGGACGGAUAAGGGGGGCCAUCUGGAGGCGCAAAGAAAAACCUGGCAGUGGGGAACAUGUUCCUUUUCUCCGCUGGUGCACUUACGUUUUAUCAUUAUUUCAUUGACCUCUUUGAGUAUACCUGAAUUAUGUGCUUGCUAAACACACCAAUAUAGCUCAUUUUUACGCACGAGCGAGCGUGGCUGAAGCAUGCAUCUUUGGGCACCUCCUCAUUGUUGCUUGGUAUGGCGUCUAUUUUGGAAUCGCUGUUCCGCAAAGGGUGGUUCAAAGCGAAAAUGACUCAUGACAUCGCGAAUUGCGGCGAUUACAAGCUCCAGACUGUCAUAUUCGAGGCUAGUCGACAUUUUGUAUGGCAACGACGGCAACGCAGGCGACAAGGCAUGAAUGAAUGUGUGGACUUAGCAGACGAAAUGUUUGCGGAGCAGCAUGGCCUGACGUCACUUUCUUCUGUGGAGAAGUGGUCUGCUGUAAAGUGGUCUGGAGGUCACCGCAAGUUAGCGCCACUGGUAGCGCUUCGAGCUCUAAACAUCGUGGGAUUUCCAGUCAUUUUGAAUCAUGCUAGAUAUCAGUGAUAAAAAUCAAUAAAAGUGAUAGCUAUUCAUCUCUAAGUUGAGUAUGUGUCGCAAAUCGCUACCAGGGGGUCCAUUGCUACUCAUUGAUGCAAAAAUCUUGACAUGAGUAAGUUUGAUGUCAGUGCUCUUUUAAACAGGAAUGUCUGAAAGCAGCAUGCUGAAACAGCCUGUAUGUUAGCUGGCCUCAAAUCGAUGUUCAGAUUCUUUCUGUCCGUGUCGGACAGUAGCCAGCCUUCGUCUUACAUGGGCCACUGCAAUAGGCCUCAAUGGGACAUUGCAAAAGCUUACAUGCAGAGUCACAAUUUUUAAGAACAUUUUUUUCUUUGUUGACCAGUCCCUUGGUACACACUGUGGACAUUGUGGUUGUGGACCUGCGUCAUUGCUUGCUCCAUAGUUUGUGGCACUUCAUCAAUCUCCCAGUGUCAGCAGCCUGACUGAGGACCUGAAAUGGUGGUUUGGAGCAAGCUUUGAAGUUGUCAGAAAUAAAUUAUGGCCAACUGCCUGAAA